CAGAAUUCCUUCUUCAAGCAGACUGACAAAUGCCUGCUGAUCUCAGUAUUUCAGCCGAUAUUUUGAAGAAAAUUCUGCAAGCAUACAAGGCGAAUACAAACCAUGCUUCGAAGAGCGAAUCUGCCACUCCUAAAAAAAUUGCCAUUCAGUUGGAAUUCCGGAGAAAGGCGUCUAAAGAGUUCUGCGGCUCUCUCCUCGGCUUACAUCACCAGUGCACAGGCCGCGAAUCGGCGGGCUAGAGUGGCCCUAGCUGCAGCAUACCGUGGCCUCGACAAGCUAGGUUUGAAUGAAGGAGUUUGUAAUCACCUAACUUUGAGGGCGCCUGCCGCCAAUGGAGAGGGCGAAGUGAUGUUGCUUAUUCCCUAUGGACUUCAUUGGUCUGAGGUGACGGCAUCUUCAUUGAUUGGUCUUGAUGAGAAUAACGCUGUGAUUGAAGGUGACGGACCAUCCGAGAUAUCCGCGGCUUCCAUACACCGGGGCAUUCACAACGCUAGAAGUGAAGAUGUCUCAUGUGUGAUGCACACACACAUGCCUUACGCCACCGCACUGUCGGUUUUACAGGAUCCCACUCUUCGCAUGUGUCACCAAAAUUCCCUCCGAUUCUACGAGAACAUUUCCUAUGACACGGACUACCAAGGUCUUGCUGAGAAUGUCGAUGAGGGGGACCGCAUGGCAAAGGCACUGGGCAAAAACGACGCCAUGAUCAUGAGGAGUCACGGGGUCAUGGUUGUAGGUCCAACUGUCGCUUCAGCCUUUGACACAAUUUACUACUUGGAGAGGGCCUGUCAAGUACAGGUUAUGGCAAUGUGGACGGGAGAACCACUAGUUGAAAUAGAAGAAGAAAUGUGCAAAAAAUCGAAGGCAGUCAUCGACUGUAUUAAAGAUGAGUAUUCAAGGGCUUACUUUGACAGCAUGCUGCGACGUUUACGUAAAGAAUGUCCAGAUUUUGAAAAUUGAAGAUAAAGCUUCUCGUUUUGCUUGACAACAGAAGCAACCGUGAUUCUGAAAAGCAACGUUACCACGACGACAAAAAAUUGAACAUGGCAAGCUCUAUUACAGAGUUAGCAAGAGGAAAGUGAGGGACGUAGCAGAUGAAGGGCAGAAUGAUAAUGAUGAUAAUGAUGUUGGUGGAGUAUGGCAAAAAGUUGUAAGAAACAGGGAAGAAGUGAAAAAAUUUUUGGAUACACUGCAUACAUCACCGCUUGGUGGUCACCUAGGACGAGAUAAGACACUGGCCAAGGUUGAAAAGAGAUAUUAUUGGCCAAACAUGGUAGACGACAUCAGAAAAUUCAUUUUAAAAUGUGACAAAUGUCAGCGUGUCAACAAAAAGAGCGACAACGGCUCUCCACCGCUUAACCCUAUUCCUGUGAACAAGCCUGAGGCGUGGAGGAUGUAGAUUGGGAUCGAUCUAAUUGGGCCAAUGCAACAAACAGAAAGGGGCAAUCAGUACGUAUGUACUGUUGUGUGCUACUACACCAAGAUGGCCCAUGCACGUGCCUUGCCCUCCAAGGAAGCGACAGGGGUAUCCAGCUUUCUUUUGGACCUUUUUUUACGUAAGUGUUGAAUAUUAUA